AUUGAGUGGCGGCAGCAUUGUGCUAGUUGUACCUGGUGAUGGCAGGGAUGGAGCGUAGAUGGUUGGAGUUGCCGGUUCUCACUUAGCUCAUCAGCCCGAUUUAAUCGUUCCUUAAUCCGUUCUUUGCUAACUAUAGAUGACAAAAACGGAAAGCAAGCUCUGGGGUGACAGCUUUCGCUUUCGAACUCUCCAGAACAGCAUCAGACGCAGAAACGAGAUUGCCGUCGAAGUCGUCGGAGCUUACCGUUAACUGGGGACUGCGAUCGGGACGACCUACGGAUUGAAAGUUCGUUAUUCUGUAAAAAUCUGUAUAAGUUGAUAGUUUGAUUUGAUUCUUCAGUGGUUGUUUUUUGAGUGUCGGGGCAUUUUUGUGUUUAAUUCUGUUUAGGUAAUGUGUUUAAUUCUUUGUUAUGGAAUAUGGAUAGUUUCUGUUGCAGGUGAUUAGUUUAGUGCUUGGAUUCUGAGAAAAUUGAGCAAAAGAGUGGGGAAAGUGGCUUGAGAUCGUUCAUUUUGUGAAUAAUUAAGUUACUGAGGAUGUGAUCAGAUUCAGAAUUUGUGUUUUUUCUUGGAAAUUGGAUCAAUGAUCAAGGACGUGUGGUUUUGAGAUUUUUUUAUUUUCUCGUUUUUUCUUAUUGAUUUUUAGGUAAUCAAAGAGAUCAUAGGUUCUAAGGGGAGUGAUUGGUAUAAUUAGAUACGAUAGAGCAUAAUCCUGAGGGACUUGAUACAGAGUAUCAGAAUCUGUGAUAGAAUUAUCCUUUGAGCUUGUAUUGUUUUUGUUGUAGUUGUGAUUGCUUCUUGCUGCUGCUAAUUUCUGUUGUCAUUGUUGUUGUUGUGCUGAUUGCUUCUUCUGCUGCUGUCGCUACUACUAAUUUCUGUUGUGGUUGUUGAUGCUGUUGCUAAUUUGUGUUGUUAUUGUUGUUGUUGAUGCUGAUGCUGCUACCUAUUUUGUGUUUAAAAUUUGAUGCGUAGAAUGUGGCCCUUGUUUGGAUUGUUUAGUUUGAUAUAGAUUGUCAUUCUAGAGCGACAUUUGUUUUGUCUUCUGCCUGCCUUGUAAAGUAUUUAACCAGUUUUGUGACAGCUAUCCAGCUGUUUCUUCAUUA